UGCUCUAAAGUUCGUGGCUAGCUACAUUUCUGUAUUUUGAAGAAUUUUCGAUUUAACCAGUGGUGUCACGUAUCUUAGGCAUCCUGGCUGGGUGUUCAAACUAGAAUGGGUCGAAAAGUAGCUGACUAGCUAGCUAAUGUAGACUGAUUUGCCAGCUAGUAGUUAACCCUAGCGGCUAAAUUAUGAUGGACAAAGCUUUCCCUGCAAAAAAAAUAUUUAGCUCGCUAGAUGGCUGCAAGAAGCAGUUUUGUUUUAGAAAGAUGGGUUAGCAGCUUGUGUUGUUGCUAGCUAGCAGUGGCCCUUACACCAAAGACGGUCUCAUUAGCUUAUCUGUGUUUAUACUGUUUGUUCCAACGCGCUUCACCCAUCGUUAUCGACACCAAUUGACGAGGAUGUGCAACUGCACUGUAGUACUCACGAACUUCGGACCUGCGCAGGGCCGUUCGCAGUGUUUUGGUCUUCAAUAGCUUCAUAAACUCCGCACAUUAUUACAAUUUCUCUUUUUAAAAUGUGAUUUUAAACCUAACCAUAAGCACACUGCUAACCGUAUACGUUGUUUUUGUUAUUGCAUUUUUUGCUAUUUUGUGGCUGUGGAAUCUGACGUGUUGCUAGAAGCUAGUGGAAACCUAGCUAGUAACGUUACUUCCGUGGGACGACAGAGUUCCUAAUACUUCCGUGUAGCCAUGGCCGAUUCUGUUGCAGUAGAGGACCCGAAAUUCACUUUACAAGAGGUUCUUGAUACCUUUAAGUCAUGCCUAUCUGAAAACAAAGAAGUAUUCCUCGAACAUUAUGUAGCAGGAUGGCUUGGUCUUGUAAGAUUCAUGAACAGCCUGGGGAGUGUGUUCUCCUUCAUCGCCAAGGAUGCUGUCAACAAGAUCCAAAUCCUGAUCAACCAUCUGAACGGUGAGAAUGGGGCCCACUACGUCACCGUCCAGUCUAUGGUCAAAUACGAACUGGACAACCAAAUGGUGGACCUGACUAAGAGAGGCAGCUUCCCCGAGUCCGGCUGCCGCACACUUCUGAGGCUGCACCGUGCCCUGCGCUGGCUGGAGCUCUUUCUCGAACGGCUGCGCACCAGCACUGAGGAAAGCAAGACCUCUGUCAUGUGCUCUGAGGCCUAUAAUGAGUCCCUCUCCCAACACCAUGCAUGGAUCAUCCGCAAGGCUGCCGGUACAGCUUUCUGGGCUCUCCCAGGGCGUGCUACGUUCUUUGAUGUGAUGAAUGUAGGUACCCCAGAGCAGGUAGUGGCCAUGCUAGGGGAUGCCCUGCCGCUCAUCUCUGAGGUGUACCAAGUGACAGAGGACCUCUAUGCCCAGAACAAUAUAUUGGACUUGCCCUAGUAGGCAGGAAGUAAUGUAGUAGUAGUUGCCUGGUGGUCCCAGAUCUGUGUGUGUCAUCUUGCCAACUCCAAUGGAAUUGUUUAUAAGAGUUUGCAAGACAGCAUAAAUAGAAUGGAGACCACCAGGCUACUGUAGGCCUCGUAGUCCAACCAGCACAUCAAUGCUGGCAAGCUGUGCUGCUCCUUAUUGUUUCUUGGUGACAAUUUCUGGUGUAUAGAGAUGGGUGUAUUACUGUAUGUACAUUACAUUAUUAUGUAACAAGGCAGCAUUACCCAUAUAUUUAUUUCUAAUUAGAAUUGUGAAAUGGGAUUUCUAUGGCAUUCAGUGCUGUUUUUGUGCAACAUCUCUUUGCAUUUCAGUCUCUCCUUAAUUUGUUUAAGCAUGCAUCAGUUUUUAGCGCUCAAAGUAGGUUUUGUAUUACAGGAAGAGUAUGUAUUCAUUGCAAAUGCAAUAGCAUAUUUUUAGGUUGUAUGUCGGUCUUGUCUAAUCUAAAGAUAUACAUGUCCAUAAUUGUCGCCCCACAAUGAAAUUGGGGAGGGGACGGUGGAUCUGUCUCUGUCCGUUAGUACGUUCGUUCGUCACACGUGAUAUCUCGGACCGCACUGGCCCAAUUUUGACAAAUCGACAGCAAUUUUGUGGAAUGAUGCGUCUUGCCAUAGAAAUCAGGCAUUUACAAAAUUACACUGAUUAUCCAGAUGGCGUGUGACAAAGGAACUGCAGCCCAUUGUUCAAAUGGGUUAAAUGGAAACUGAAAACCUGAGACUGACUGUAGGUCUGUAACCUUUCACGUAGUCUUAAUAUUAACUCCUGCAGAAUUAAGCAUUUUUUGAAGUAAACUGAUACACCAAGUGUACACUUUGACUCGGUAACAGGAGUGGAGAAAUAUGAUUGGUUUAGUUCAGCGUCUUGAGAGAAUGCAAAUGUGAAGUCUGUAGAGGUGCCAUCUUUAUCAGCAUCAUAAAAGCUGAUGGAUGUAUAUUUUAUGUGGUUGAAAUACUAAGUCGAAUGGAAAUCUUAUCAGAAACAUGUUGGGUUGUUUUCACAGCUUUCUAUUUCCUUACAACUGGUUAAACUGAUGUCAUUUGGACAUUCUGCACAGUAAAUCUUUCCCAUUUUUUUUUUUGUUCUUGCAUUUUCUCCCCGGUCCCUAAAUGUCUCUGCUCUGUGUAAGAAGCAGAGAUGUGUUUGUAAAUUCACCGGCAGUGCCAGAGUGCGAUCUUAAAUUCAGAGCAUUGUCAGAUAGUCGGUUCACAAAUUCAGAGCGCUUCCCUCUCUGAGUGUUCAGAGUGCACAUUGAACGCUCUGGCCAAGAAGUAGGGUUGAUCCAAGCAUUCUGACCUCACAACGGCACCCAAUCUAACUGGCUAAAGUUGGUUAGCUUGCUAGCUACUUCCAGACACAAAUGACAACACCUCACUCUGACCAUUUUACUUAGCCUUUGCAGAGCUGGUUAGGCUGUUUUCAUGUUAUCUAGAGCAUUGGUGACUAACUGUGCUGCUGGCAACAAUUUAAUUACGUUUGUUUUGCUGACGUUUACUGACACCCCUUACAAAAAAAAGAUUUCUGUAUAACUGCGUCCAGUGUAUCUGCAGUUACAGUGCAGUGUAUUGCAGUUAUUACUGCAUCCAAAAUACCACAGUCAGCUAGUUACUACACUUUACUGCAGUUUCAAAACUGUAAUCUUUAUUUGGAAGAGACCGAUCAUAUUCAAGUUGUGAGAUGUGCAUUCUUAAAUUCAUCAGUUAUUCUGCACUCAGGCAUACUCAGAGUAGUGCUCUGAAAUCUUAGUAAAUAGCCCGAGUGAAUUUACCAACUCACCCUUAGUGUUCUAGGGCAACAUAUGACAGGAGAGGUUGCAUGUAGGCCUAUCUAAAUAUAGACAAGUUACUUAACAAAUAGCCUACCAAAAUGUCUGAAAUUAUAAGCUGGAACAUAACUAAAUUAGGCACACACAAAAAUCCCCCACCUCCUCUGUCAAAAACGUAUUCUGUGGUCUGACUGUAGCUUACAGGGCAUCUUCUAUAUUUGCUGGUUAGGGUCGGGUGUGGGCCUCAGAUUUUCACUUUAACACAGGGGUGGUUGCAGAUGGGUUAUUAGCAAUUGUGGGUAGGUACGUAAACAGCUGAACAAACUUCUGAAUCGUGCACCACUAUCAGAUACCACUGGCUGAUUUUUUGAGGAAACUUGAGUGAAUGAUGAGUCUUUCCCAGUGGCGGUCAGUGCCGUUUAAGAUGAGGGAGGACAAAUGUUUUUCAUGAGUAUGGCCUUAUUUCUAUUACAGGAUAUUGGAUGACUAAUUCAUAUUCCAUUCACCUAGUUCAAUGUAACAGCGAUAGGUUUAGACUACUACAUGAUACUCACAUUUUCCCUAUACCCAUCAUGAGGUUGCUACAACCUAGCCUAUGAAUGAAAGUUUACAACGUACGUGCACAGAGGUCGAGAAACAUAGGGUGUCAUAAUUAGUCCAACAGUUGCAAACGAGUUUCUAUUGGACAAAUUCAGGUAUGUUUAUCCCUGUUUGUUCCAUUUGCUUCCAUUUAAGAAACAUUUUUCAACAGAAUUGGCUGAAUGAAUACACCCCUGAUCAUGUGUAAACACAUCACUUUCACAACAGCCACAUUGUAUUCCUUUUUGCAUCUCUCCUCCUCCCUUGUGUUGUGCAUUGAAGUCCACAACAAUCAGCUGUAUGUGACCAGGCGGAAAAAACCUUUAAGCCAAACCGCUACACACAGCCUACAUCAUUGUCACCAUAUUAGCUAAAGUAAUGUCAUAGUCUGCAUAGAUAAUAGAGCUAAUGCGUUUGUAAACCCGGCAGGCAGUAACGCUACAGUGUACGGUCAGUGAGCAGCUACGUCAACGAGGCCCCGAUGGCAAUAAAUUAGUAAUACCAAAAGCUUACCUUGGAAAACCCUUGGAGAAAAGUUUUUAAAAACAACUUGGAGGAGUUCCAGUGUUAGGUUGGAAAGUCAUAGCCAGCUAGCUAACAUAGCAUCACUCUGUUUGAGCAGGGUGUUUCAGUAGGCUAAACUAGCCAGCUGAAUUUGCUAGCAAAGUAAGUGAUUCUGAAAGUGAGGAAAAAUAACAAUCUCUAUUUUUCUCUUGCUUCCCCUUAAUUUGAUCAAAACUGUUCCAACUAUUGUCUUUCUCUCUCUUUGAGUUAAUUACUCACCCAUUGUAUACACUGCAGUGCUAGCUAGCUGUAGCUUAUGCUUUCAGUACUAGAUUAAUUAUCUGAUCCUUUGAUUGGGUGGACAACAUGUCAGUUCAUGCUGCAAGAGCUCUGAUAGGCUGGUGGAUGUCCUCUGGGAGUUGUCAUAAUUACUGUGUAAGUCUAUGGAAGGGUGUGAGAACCAUGAGCCUCCUAGGUUUUGUACUGAAGUCAAUGUACCCAGAGGAGCACGGAAGCUAGCUGUCCCCCGGCUACACCAUGGUACUAUCCUACAGAGUACUGUUGAGGCUACUGUAGACUUUUGCAAAAUAAUGUUUUAAUAAAUUAUUUGGUGAUGUGAUUAUAUUUAGUAUGGUUUUAUCUAAAAAUGAUACAUUUUUAAAUGUUUUACAAUUGACAUUUUUCUGAAAUUCACUGAGGAGGAUGGUCUUCCCGUUCAUCCUCUGAGGAGCCUCCUCUGGUUUUGCCUUAGAAGUCUGUUAUUUACCAAAUUACACUGAUUGGCCCAAGGGGGGUGGAUGACGUUUACUGUUGCCUUGUUUAUUGGUUAAAAUAUGUACCACUUAAUCUUACAGUUUUUCAUUUUUUCUGUUGACUAUGAAUGAAAUUAUAAAUUAAACAGAGACCUGAUCAGUCUAGACUUUU